CUAGAAAGAAAGGGGGGGUGGGGGUGGGGGGUGGUGGCAAGCGGUGCUGCUACACCCGAGGAAGCGGUGCAGCCGCGGUCGCUGUCACGACGAGCCAGACAAGUGGAGGCUCUGAAGGAGGAGUUAAGGGAGUCGUUCUGGUUGAAGGUUUAGAACAGAUGUGGAAAGAUGUUCACUUCAGAGAAAGGAAUUGUGGAAGAAUGGUUGUCAGAGUUUAAGACAUUACCAGAAGCAUCUUUACCAAAUUAUGCCACAAAUCUGAAAGACAAGAACUCUUUAGUUUCUUCUCUCUACAAAGUUAUCCAAGAACCACAAAGUGAGUUGCUAGAACCUGUCUGUCACCAGCUCUUUGAGUUCUAUCGCAGUGGAGAGAAGCAAUUACUUCAAUUUACCCUGCAGUUUCUCCCAGAACUGAUUUGGUGCUACCUUGCAAUCGUAGUCAGCAGAAAUGUGCACAGCAGUGGAUGCAUUGAAGCUCUUCUUCUUGGGGUUUACAAUUUGGAAAUAGUUGACAAACAUGGGCAUAGCAAAGUAUUGAGUUUUACAAUUCCAUCUUUAUCCAAGCCAUCUGUAUAUCAUGAACCUUCCAGUAUUGGGUCCAUGGCUCUGACUGAGAGUGCACUAUCCCAACAUGGUUUAUCAAAAGUUGUGUACAGUGGACCUCACCCCCAGAGGGAGAUGCUGACAGCACAAAAUAGGUUUGAAGUAUUGACAUUCCUUUUGUUGUGUUACAAUGCUGCCUUAACCUAUAUGCCCAGCGUUUCUCUUCAAUCACUAUGUCAGAUUUGUUCAAGAAUCUGUGUUUCUGGAUAUCCUCGACAACAUGUUAGGAAAUACAAAGGCAUAAGUAGUAGAAUACCAGUUUCUUCAGGAUUCAUGGUGCAGAUGUUAACAGGAAUUUAUUUUGCCUUUUAUAAUGGAGAAUGGGAUCUAGCUCAAAAAGCAUUGGAUGACAUUAUAUACAGAGCACAGCUAGAGUUAUAUCCAGAGCCAUUACUGGUUGCAAAUGCAAUAAAGGCAUCAUUGCCUCAUGGUGCCAUGAAAUCUAAUAAGGAGGGAACAAGGUGUAUUCAAGUUGAAAUUACACCAACUUCCUCUAGAAUAUCAAGAAAUGCAGUGACCAGCAUGUCCAUAAGAGGUCACAGGUGGAAAAGACAUGGAAAUGCAGAAUUAACAGGUCCAGAAGAACUGAUGGAGAUAUCUGAAGUUGACGAGGGAUUUUAUUCCAGGGCUGCAUCUAGUACCAGCCAGUCGGGUUUAUCAAACAGUAGUAACAAUUCUAGUAAUAAAGCAAGUGUAGGAAAGACUCAAAGACGGUCGGGAGGAAGCAAAACUGGAGGAAAAGAAAAAGAAACUACAGGGGAGUUUUGCAAAGAUCAUUUUGCUCGAAAACAAACUCAGAGAGCCCAAAGUGAAAAUCUUGAGCUUCUCUCUCUAAAGAGACUUACAUUAACAACCAGCCAAUCCCUGCCAAAGCCUAGUAGCCAUGGCUUGGCUAAGACUGCCGCAACUGUAUUUAGCAAAUCCUUUGAACAAGUCAGUGGUGUCACAGUCCCACAUAAUCCAUCACCUGCUGUUGGCUGUGGGACUGUGACAGAUGCCAAUAGGUUUUCCGCUUGUAGUCUGCAAGAAGAAAAACUUAUAUACGUUUCUGAAAGGACUGAACUUCCAGUGAAGCAUCUAUCAGGUCAGCAGAGACCUCCCAGUAUUAGUAUUACUCUGUCCACAGAUUAAUUUGUAAUAGUUUGCUCAUGUAACCAGUGAAUCGGAAACUAUGACUUUAUUGCUGCUGCUUUUUUUCCUUGUCACCAGGCCUUUAUGCUGGGUCUGGGCCUGCAUGAUUCCACCACUCCUGGCAUACUUUUUUUCUUUUUUCCAGAUAGAAGGUGAGAGGGAGAGAGAGAGGCAGAGCAAAAAGGAGACAUCACAACAUCCUCCACUACUUGUGAAGCUUCCCUUUGCAUUGUGCUCCCAUGUGCUGGCCAGGAGUUUGGACUCAGUCCUCACACAUGGUGAAGUGUGCACUCUACCAAACAUGCUCCCUCCUGGCCCCAUGACUUCAUUUCUUUAUGAAAGUGGUCAGGGUCUUUCAUCCCUGUUCCUCACAGUAAUGCUGGUGUCCUUAUUUCUUAAGGCUGCCUAGACUUUAUGAAGGAUAUAAUUAAUGUCUAGAUUGCAGUUGAAAUAAUAGUUUCAUUAUUUCUUGGUUACCUUUUUGCUCCUUGAUUGAAGUUUGUUUUUUUUUUUAAUUUCUUACUUCCUUCUGUUACCUUAAGAUGGUCAUAACUGUGGUAAUACAUCUUGGCAGGUUAUCUGAUCAGAUGGGUGACACCUCUUAUGAAGUUAAAAAAAUUUUUUAAUCCUAGAUCUAUACCUAUACAAUUGAUAUUCAGAGUAAAAGGACAUCUCCAUAUAUAGAAACUUUGGGAUGGGAUUAGGCAGAAGUACAACUCCAGGAAUUCUCCAGCUGGCUGCCCAGUAAAAUAAUCUGAAAAAUAAGUGUACGAAAAAAUUUUUAAAUGAUGUGUACCAUAAGUGUCUGGUAAAAGUGUUUGUAACCAGAUCACCUUUAAGAUUAGGUUACAUAAAAUACUGGAAAAUGUCCAUUAACUCAGUACCUAGGCUACUAUAUGACUUGGGUAGAGCGCUUUCUGUUGUCAUCUUUGAAAUAUAUAUGUAUUUCUAGAAGUUGUAUUGUUUUAAAGUGUUUGAUCUGAAUUUAGAAGGUAAGAAUCCCUUUCAAUUCCUAAGCUGCAGUAAACUAUAAAGCUUGCUUAUUCUGCUGCUGGACUUUGGAAAUCUUAGUGAGUCUGGAUUCCUGUAGUUCAAAGGGCACAUCAUGGAAGACUUCGUAGAAAUCUUUGGAAGUCUUGCAACAAAACUCUCAAGAUACCAGUGUCAACUACAUAUUGAAAUUGUUAGUCUGCAAACAAGGAAAUUAGGUAAAUUUUUUCAUCUAAAAAAAUAUCAUGAGAGAAAAUAAAUGAAACUUGGACAAAGGGCAUUUAUAGACUAAUUUUGCUUUUUAUGUUCAUAUUCUUAAAUUUAAAAUUAUAAAAUAUGGAAAACCAAACACUUCUUGUUUUGUGAUCAGGCCUAUUUUUAAUGUUCUAUUAUAAGAGAAAUAAUAAUCACUGUAGUUAACCCUAAGCAAAAUUAAUAAAUAAGGCAGUUUGACUAAACAAACUUCUAUGUAGCUAUACAGAUGUGUGACCUCUAGGUAGAUAAAAAGUUAAAUGUAAAAAUUUAAUGUUAGUGGUGGUUAUUUCCAUCAAGGUUGAGAAUCCUGGUAACUCAAGUGACUUGAGUAAUGAUUCAGGGUAUGAAAGAGAAAGCAGGGCCGAAGAUGAGAGUAAGCUGAAAGAAAGCCUAGAGAGGUGUCUGCCAGAUCUUUUUCUCUGUUAGUACACGUUGGUUUUCUUCAUUGCUGUAUGUAGCUGUGAUCACACUGAAACUGAUAGUUUUAUCCUUGUAUCUGCUUAUAUGGAGUUUAGAUAUGUGAACAUGUUCUAUGUCUAUGAAGAGUGCCAAAGCAUUUACUCUGUGAAUGCAGUUCUGAUGGUGACUGCUUUGGCCACCAUUAGGGGGCUGGGCCAAUUGAGCCCAAAUCUUCAUGCAUACAAAGCAUGCACUAUAACGUUAAGAUAGAUUCCUGACCCCUGGAUACCAUUUUAGUAGAAUUUUUCAAAAAAAGCAUGCAAUAGUUUUCAUUUAUUACAUCUGAAUACAAUGUCUUUUAGAAUAAAUGAAUUUUAUUUUUUUACUUCCAGUAAUAGAAAUAAGAUCUAUUGGUAUAUGUUGUAGUUAAAAAAACAACCAGCAAACCUAAAGCAACAUACUAGUGAAAGUUGGUGUUGUAUUCAUUUAAUAGGAAUCCUGUGUACACUGAAUUUCCUCUUGUCCUUUUUUUUUUUUUUUUUUCCCACAACUAGGUACUGCUCACCUCUAGCUUAUGGUGGUGCUAAAAGAUUUUCUCUGGGACCUUAAAACCUCAGGCAUGAAAGUCUUUUGAAUAACCACUGGGUUAUCUCCCUGGCCCUCUGAGGAAUGAUUAAUAACAAUGUUAUUAGUCUUAACUGUUUUAAAGAAUUUGGUAUAUAAAACAAGACAAUAUGGUUAGAAAACUGUAGAAGUUUGAGGAAACAUUAACUAGCACAUGUGAGACAUCAUAUUUUAAUAUUCAGUGACUAGAAUAGAACUUCAUUUUGACAUUAUUUUAGAUUUUUGCUAUUAGUUAUUGUUAGAGGACCAGCAUUUGUGUCAACUGAACACUCCAGAUCUCUUGAGUGAGAAUCUGCAUUUUUAACAAAAGCCUCAGAUAAUUUAUACUCAUUAAAGCUUGAGAAAAGUAUCAGAAGAUAAAUAAAUCACUUAUCUAAUAUCUAGAAUUCUUGCAUCCCUAGCACAGAUUUGCUAAAAGGUAGGUAAUUACAAUAUUCGUAGUCUUAACAGUUAAUUUUAACAAUUGAUAAUUGACUUUCUAAGCCCUAUAAUUCUAAAACUUUAAUGAUUCUCAUUUAUUUUUUACAAUAUAAAUGUGGCAUUCACAUUUUUCUUGUAGAUAUAGUUGAAACAAGAGCUGAAGGUGCCUUCAAUAGAGUGGUUCUGAAUUUUUGCUCCAAGUAAUCUGCACUUUUAAUUUUUUUAGAGUGUUAAAACAGUGAAUCUCUCUCUCUCUUUCUCCCUCUGUCCCUCUUUCCCUCUCUCUCUCCCUUACUCCCUCCUUUCUUCUUUAACCAAAGCACCAAACUACUCUGGCUUUUGGUAGUGCUGGGAACUAGACAGCCAAACCUGAGACCUAUCCCAGUCAAGUGUGCUGCACUACUGUUGUACAACCUCCCCAGCCAACAGUAAAAUUGUUUAGUGUGUACCCUUUUAUACUUUUUCAAAUAUAGAUUAUAUACUUGAAUUUUUUUACAGAAAUUAUAAAUGUAUUGUGCUGAGUAUGGUAAUAAUUAUAAUUAUACCUACAACUCUCCCCACUUACCUUUCCAAAUUUGUAAGUUAAGAUGAUUUUUGUAAAUCGUGUUCCCAUGAAGAUCUGGUGUGACCAAUUAGCCAUUCACCUCAUAUUUGUCCAGAAUAAUAACUUUUUUUACAAGAACAAUUCUGUGAAAAUUUGGGACCUUCCAUCCUAUAUUUCAGAGUGUUUUUAGCAGACAUAAUAGCCCCAUUGCACAUUUGAAAUCUUUUUUAAAGAUCUUUUUAUUAAUUUAUUUAUUUAUUGGAUAGAUAGAAAGAAAUUGAGAGGGGAAGGGGCGAUAGAGAGGAACAGACACAGACACCUGUAGCCCUGCUUCACCACUCGUGAAGCUUUCCCCUCCGCAGGUGGGGACAAGGAGCUUGAACCGGGGUCCUUGUGCACUCUAGUGUGUGUGCUUAACCAGCUGCACCACCGCCUGGCAUUUGAAAUCUUCAGUGAAUCUGGAAACUAUGUAAUCUCUUAUUCUUAAAUACUAACUACACAUUCCAUGCCAAGGACCCAGGUUCAGGCUCUCAGCAAAGCUUCAUAAACACUGGAACAGAUCUACAAGUGUCUCUCUUUGUCUCUCCCUCUCUGUCUUCGCCUCCCCUCACAAUUUCUUUCUGCCCUAUCAAAUAGAAUUAAAUUAAAAUUAAAAAAGAAAUACUCAGAGGAGCAUCUAGAGGGGGUUGAAUUGUUAUGUGGAAAACUGAGAAAUGUUAUGCAUGUACAAACUAUUGCAUUUUAUUGUCGACUGUAAACCAUUAAUCCCCCAAUAAUGAAAAUUUUUUAAAAUAGCUUAGAAAAAGAGAGAGAGAGAGAGAGAAAGAAAGAAAUACUAACUGCCUGAGGUUUUCUAUGUAAAAGCUGGAUUCCUGUAAGAGCAUUUGCCUUUUGCAAUCCAAGUGGAGAGAGAAAGUAGACUUUUCAAGGGAGUAUUUCAUAAACCCGUGGUCAAGCAAAUUCCAUGGAGUGACACUGCUCCGACACUUGUGGAACUUCUCCCAUGGCUGCUGGGGGCCAGGGACUUGAACUUAGGUCCUUGUGCAUGGCAAUUUGUAUGCUCUAUCACGUGUGUCACCUGCCGUGGAACUUUUAAAGGCUACCCUGUGAACCUGAAAAUAGAAAUUCUUGUUCUUAAAUGAUGACAGGGUUUAUUCUGAAACGUUCACUGCCAUCUUCAAUUAAAGCAAGUAAUUUGCAAAAUUGCUCACUUAAAAGCAAAAAAUUGAGCUCUUCAACUGGUAGAGUAGCGCACAUACAUGCCUGAGAUUUCUGGUUCAAUUCUAGGCACUGCAUAUACCAGAGUAAUGCUCUUUCCUCCUCUCCUCUCCUCUCCUCUCCUCUCCUCUCCUCUCCUCUCCUCUCCUCUCCUCUCCUCUCCUCUCCUCUCCUCUCUUCUCCUCUCCUCUCCUUUCUUUUCCUCUCUAUCUCUUAUAAAGCUUUAAUGCUCUCAUGUAGUAAGUAAAUGCUCUUUAAAAAUAAAUAAAAGCAAAAAAUUAAGUUAAAUAUUUAAUCAGAACAGAUAAAUGUAAUCCCAGUGUUAAGGUAUUUUACCUAUUUUGGAAGAAUAAAAUCAAAGUGUUAAAAAUUAUAGAGAAAAAUGCACUUAGAGAUUAAAAAGAAUGUUUAAUCAAGAUUUAAAGUAAGCCUGUGUGCCCUGGGAGGUGGCACAGUGAAUGAAGUGUUAGACUCUCAAAUAUGAAGUCCCAAGUUUGAUUCCCAGCAUUGUAUGUACCAGAGUGAUGUGUUGGUUCUCUCUCCCCUUGUUCUCUCAUUGAGAAAUAAAUAAAUAAAUAAAUAAAUAAAUAGUUUUAAAAUAAUGGGACUAGAGCUGCUUAACAUUUAGAAUAUAGGCACAAUAAGUCUACACGUUAUUAACAGGAAGCACAUCAAGGAAAUAUAUAUGUGUGUGUUUGAAUAAAAUUGCUGAAAAUUGUUUUUUAAGAAGCACUUGAAAGAGUAAUUUGGUACUUAAGUAUUAUAGAUAAAAAUUAAUGUAGAGUAGUAUCUUUCCAAUCUUUGGAUGAGAAUUGAUAACUAAUUAAAUUAGCAUGACUUUGUACUUUCAGAUUGGUUGCUUAGCAAAGUUAUACUUAAUGCUUUGAGUUUUUCACUUUAAUGUUAGGUACUAAUGUUAGGUUAUAUUCUUUAUCAGAGAACUUAAAUAUCUUGUCUUUUGUACUUUGUAAUUAGCUUGUGUAUAUCUAAAGAAACUACGAGUGAACAUUUUGGAGGUUGUUUUGUGUUGUGUUUGUAUCAAUAGUAGAGUUCUGUAGUACCUGUGUAAGUGAACACAGGAUAGUAUUUCUCAGACUGUUGCCUUCUCUUAUUUGGAGUGUACUUGCUUACCUCUUGCUUUCUAACCAUGUAGUGGUACUAAUCUUUUCAUAGUAAAUAUACUUGUUUCUAAUUGUAAUCCUAGAGUUUACAUUCCUUAAAGAAUAAACUAUGACUUUGGAUAUUUUUAUGUGCUCUGUACAUUUUUUAAAUUAUGGAAAUAAACUGGAGUUCAGUUUU